CAAUGAUUGUUUUUGAUUAAGUGAAAUGUUUUGAAAUUUAGUGACGUAAGCGGUCAAAAUGGCUGACGCUGAUGAUGAAAAAUGUGAUGCUGAAACUUUGUUGAUUCGUCGACAGAGAAAGGAAAAGAAAGAUCUCCAAGGUGAUAUUCAGAAACUGAAAUCAGGCAUAUCAAAAGGUGACAAGAAGAAAAAGAAGGAAGUGUCAGAGAAAAUUGCUUUGCUCGAGGCUGAGCUUAGUGAGAGACAUGAUAAAGAACUGAAGGAAUUGCAGGAACAGGUCAAUCAGGGGGUGUCACCAUGUGACCCAGAUGUUGUGGAGGCACAGCAGGGUGUGGCUGGUCUGGCCAUGUCUGAACAUGGGGGAAAAAGCAGUGUUAUUGAGGAUAUGCAGACAUCCAAGAAACCAAGCAAGGCACAAAAAAGAAGGGCCAAAAAGGCUGCCGCCGACCAGGAACGUGAAGAUAGAAUACAUGAGCAGGAAAUAGAAAACCUGACCUCCUCCAGAAACAUGGAGGCUGUACGGAUCACUGGACUGCUCUCCACAAGGGGACUCCAGAUACAUGAGAUUCCUUCUGAUGGUAAUUGUUUGUAUGCAGCCAUUUGCCAUCAGAUGAAAUCAAGAAAGUUAACACAUUCAGUGGACAGUCUCAGAAGCAAGGUAGCGGCGUACAUGCGGGAACAUGCGGCUGACUUCAUGCCUUUCCUUACCACUGACAGUGGUGACUGCUUCACCGAUGAUGACUUUGAGAAGUACUGUGUUGAGCUGGAGACUACACCAGCCUGGGGCGGUCAGCUGGAGAUCCAGGCACUGUGUGAGGUGUUAAAGGUCCCUAUAGAGGUUGUACAAUCCGAGGGGCCGCCACUUGUCACCGGGGAACAGUUCCAGGACCCGCCUGUUAUCUUGACGUAUCUCCGACAUGCCUAUGGGUUAGGAGAACAUUACCAUUCGGUGGAGGAGAAACAGGAAGAUACCACUGAUGAUUUUACUUGAUGUCAACCUCGCUAAUUAGUUAAUGCUUGUUUAUCUAAGUGAACAAUGAAUCUACACUCUGUGGACUAUUUUAGGGACAUAAUUGUCCGCAGAUUUCCGCAGAUCUAAAGGCUCUAAAGACAAGAUUUUUUGUUCAUUUUAACUAAUUAAAAAAUGUUAGUUGGAUGCUUUGGGUUGUUGCUUCAUUUGUUGUUUGUAUUGAAACUCCAGUUUGCUUCAAAAUUUGAAGUCAAGAGAGCCGUCACAAGGGCUUCUGAUAAGCAAGUUUUGCUUCUGUGACAGGGUGGUUCAUCCCCCUGUUCCCAAAUUGGGGCCUUAAAACACCCCCCAAAACCUACUGCCAAAAUGUAUUCAGCCAUUCAGCUGCCAGGUCAAUCCCUGAUUAGACCAAUUAGUUAUUGUUUGUUUAUAUCAAUUAAAGCUGCAAUCUUAUUCAAAAUCAAUGCAAAAACAUGUACAUGUAUAACAAAAAUAAAUUUUGACUGACAAACCUUUAACUACUUACAAUUAAAAUAAUGCAUUUGAGGAAAAUAUUAAUUACUGAUAACAAAAUUGGAACCAUGUAUUUAUCAGCAGAAAGGGCAAAAAUAUUAAAUGAUUGGUGAGUGCUAAAAGGUUUUAACCGUUUUCUGUGGUCUACUAUAGUCUCAUAAGGUCGAAAUACCGUGUUUUAUGCCCAUUUCUUCCAAAUUAAACUAGUAUCCUUCAUAAGAACCAUUAUUUUCGACAUUUAUUCAUCCUUUUUGGAAUAUUAUAACAAUAUUAUUAAUUGUGGUAAAUCUUAUCUGGGAAUAAGAGUGCAUCUUUAAAACUGCACUCCCACAGAUUGACAGUUAUGACAUUUUUUUUAGUUUUUGUUUCAGAAUCAGAUUAUUUGGCAUCAAUGCCUUCAAUUUAGUCAUACAAGAUACCUCACAAUAGAAACAUACCUCAUUUUGUUGGAAACCUGCGGAAAACUGCAUUCUUGUUAAAGUAUUAGUAACCUCAAUUUUCGAAUGUAAAUAUGAAAAACUGUGAUCUGAUCUUAAGUCAGCAGUCUUGUCUGGUUUCUGUUUUUAUUGGUCUUGUAUCACUGUUUUCCAGAUGUUUACCCAUGAAUUAACUCAUUCCAAGAUAAACAAGUUGCUAAAAUGGUCAAUUUGUGAGAUUGUAGCUUUUAGUACUGGUGGGGAAAUAGGCUCAGUGUUUAAGCAGUAAGGUUAAGAAUAAUAAGUAGGCUGCAUGUUGAUUCUUUAUUCACUGCAUUUUAUUUUUUUACAAAUAUAUAUGGGGUUUAAAAAGUAUAAUUGUAUGCUUUAAUUUAAUAAUUUAUUGGAAUAUAAUUAGUAAUUUACAUGCAUAUUUUAAGACUGCAUUUAAUAAGUGUAUGUACAUGAGAUAAUGUUAUGUUUCUUUCUUAACUUGUUUUAUUUACCAUCAAUUAUUUUUAGAAAUAUUAACACUUUGUUGUAUUUUGUAUUGUAUAUGAACAGUACUGUUUUCAAUUUGAUUGUGAAUAUUACAAUAAAUCAGAACCCCGUUA